AUGAAUCACGUGGUUAUACGUGCCUGUGCGUCAUUAGUAGACGUACUCCGAGCUGUCCGGGGUAGUGCAAAAAAUGUUUCUGAAACUUUUGUAUGGGUUUUUAUUUGUUGUAGUACUUUAUGGAAUACCUUCAGAUGGACAAAAGAAGAAGGAGGCCUUGAUGUCAGAUAAAGUUGCUCAGAUGAUGGACUGGGCCGGCAGGCGGGCAGUGAUCCGAAUGAACGGUGAAAAGUUCCGCCGCUUCGUGAGGGCCCCGCCGCGCAACUACUCCGUGGUGGUGAUGUUCACUGCGCUUCAGCCACACAGACAGUGUGGAGUGUGCAGGCAAGCUGAUGAAGAAUAUCAAAUCCUGGCAAAUUCCUGGCGCUACUCCAGUGCGUUCACCAACAAGAUCUUCUUCGCCACAGUGGAUUUUGACGAAGGCUCAGACGUCUUUCAGAUGCUGAACAUGAACUCGGCCCCCUCAUUCAUCCACUUCCCCUCGAAGGGGAAGGCCAAGCAGGCCGACACGUACGAGCUGCAGGUCCGAGGCUUCGCGGCUGAACAGAUUGCCCGGUGGAUCGCGGACCGGACCGACGUCCACAUUCGGGUAAUCCGACCCCCGAACUACGCCGGGCCACUGAUGCUGGGCUUCCUCCUGGCCGUGGUAGGGGGGCUGGUGUACCUACGGAGAGACAACCUGGAGUUCCUGUACAACAAGAAUGCCUGGGGCUUUGGUGCACUGUGCAUUGUGCUGAUCAUGACGUCAGGGCAGAUGUGGAACCAUAUCCGUGGGCCUCCGUACGCCCACAAGAACCCCAGUACUGGACAAGUGAGUUACAUCCACAGCAGCAGUCAGGCCCAGUUUGUGGCAGAAACGCACAUAGUUCUCCUGUUCAAUGCGGCCGUCACCCUAGGGAUGGUGCUGUUGCAUGAGGCAGCCACGUCUGAUAUGGACAUUGGGAAGAGAAAAAUCAUGUGUGUGGCUGGAAUAAGUUUGGUGGUCCUCUUCUUCAGUUGGCUGCUGUCAAUCUUUAGAGCCAAAUACCAUGGGUAUCCAUACAGCUUCCUGAUGAGUUAAAAAUGUGGUUGGGAGGAGAUGGAGUCCUAUCUGUCUUAAUGGAAGAGGCCUCAUCACCUUUGACAGGAACCAAACUGAAACAAGCAGAACAGUUCAGAUUAUAGUGCCUUAAAUUUAAGUACAAGACCUACCCAUUUGUUAGAUUUUUAUUAAUGCUGUCCCUUUCCUUGUUUUCUUUUUGUACCUGAUGUUAAUUUUCCAUCUUUGUAAGUGUUCCAACUUGUCACUGAUCUCUGACUUGUUUGUAUUCAUCUGCUUGUGGAAAGUAAUUGAGGGUGACGUAAAAACAUAUGCACAUGUACCCACGCAAACAGAGAUGCAAAGUUGGACUACCUCAUCACACAGGUAAUUCAGGUCUGUGCACGGCAUUGUCCAGUGACUUGUACACACACACACACAAACAUGCACACUCAUUCACGCGCUCUCCUUCUCAAGGGCUUUUAAAAUAAACAAUAUGGCAUUGGCAGUUUUCUCAAUUAUAAUGAAAAGGCAGUACAGUAGAAAUUAAGAGAUGAAGUAGCUUUCAUUUGUUAAAUAUUAAAGGGCGUGUUCAUUGUUUAUUAUUAUGGGGCUGUUCAAAAGGUCAUUAAAUAUAUUACAGCUUAAGUAUGUCAUAUUUGUGCGUGCCAGAUAAUGAUUAUGCUGCAGCGUUCGCCCCCUUUCUUAGAGUGUAGGUGAAACCAGCCAACCACUGUGCCUCAAGCAGCCCAAGUCAAAAAAAGUUUAAACGUGGAAUGACUCAUUAUUGAUAAAUACAAAUGCCCACCUACAACACUAAGUGUAUUUAACUGACUGUUGUAAGUAACUAGAAAGUUGGAACAAGAAAUUAAUUUUAUUGCCACUUAUGUGCAGUUCUUUCCAAAAUUCUGUCCCAUCCAUGGUAUUUGUUUUUGUAUAAAGAAAUGAGUUGAUUUCCAGGUGCAAACAACAGCCAAAGGCAAACCAGCUGUCAUUUUGUUGUGAAGUAAAAUAUGAAUAAAAAAAGAUCAUUUAAAAAUUCAGAACUGGAGGAAGUUGAUGGGUAGCGAGCGAAGUGUUCCUGGAUGCAUCUCAUGAUGUGUACAUCUUAGCAGAGCUAAAUUCAGAAGCAAGGGCUCUAGCGACAUGUGGCAGAAUGCAAUUUUUCAAUGGAGUCCCAGAAGCGUUGUUCAGCUAUAUUGUCUUUUUGAAUGACAUGAGUUUCUUUUCUCCUGUUAAUGUUUUUCUGUGAAAGAUGAAAAGGUACACUUAGUACCUUGGAUGCAAAUGCAGUCUACAUGGGAGUCAUUCAGGUGCUGCUUUCUUUGCAAUUAAAGUGCCUUAAAAAUG